UUUUGUGACAAACAAUACAAUGGCCUUUAACAAUGCAAAGCCCGCCAAGAAACCGCUUCUCUCUUUACAUUCCGGCCUUUCCACCACCCUUUUCUUCGUCGUCCUUUUCACCGUCCCGGCGCUUUUCCUCCUCCACACCCCCACCAUCUCCCUAUGCACCGGCAGCUCCUCUUCCAAAACCCCGCCUUGGUCCGGCGAUCUCCGCCGCGUUGAGUUCUCUUGGAACCGCCUAGAAUUCUCCGGCGGGAAACCCCCGUUGAAGGCGCUCAAGAUCGCGGUUUUCUCUAGGAAAUGGCCGACCAGUGCCACGCCGGGCGGCAUGGAGCGUCACGCUCACACGCUGCAUACGGCGCUCGCCCGCCGCGGCCACGAGGUGCACGUCUUCACUUCUCCCCCGCCGGAACCCGCCGCGCCGGGAGAGAACGGCGGCCCUGCUCCGGUGAUUCACUGGCACGACGGGGAACCGGGGCGGUGGCGCUACAACAAAGCGUGGGAACAGUUCGAAGCCGAGAACCGGAAAUCCGCGUUCGACGUAAUCCACUCGGAGAGCGUGGCGUUGCCCCACCACCUAGCCCGCGGCAUCCCCAAUCUCGCCGUGUCGUGGCACGGAAUCGCCUUAGAGAGCGUCCAAUCCGCCAUUUUCCAAGACUUAACCCGCCGCCAAAACGAACCAAUCUCCCCUGCUUUUAACCGCUCCCUCCAAACCAUGAUCCCCAAAGUCCUAACCGAAAUCCGUUUCUUCAACAACUACGCCCACCAUAUAGCCAUCAGCGACAGCUGCGGCGAAAUCCUCCGUGACGUGUACCAAAUCCCGACCAAACGAGUCCACGUCAUCGUCAACGGAGUCAACGAGCACGAUUUCCGUUACGAUCCAACGCUAUCCAGCGAAUUCCGCUCCAAGAUCGGACUCCCAAAAGAUCCCCAUUUAGUCCUCGGAAUCGCCGGGAGACUAGUCAAAGACAAAGGCCACCCCAUCCUUUACGAAGCCUUCUCCAAACUAAUCCAAAAACACCCCAACAUAUACCUCGUCGUCGCAGGUUCAGGGCCGUGGGAACAGAGAUACAAAGAAUUGGAACCGCAGGUGGUCGUGCUAGGCUCAAUGCACCCAUCGGAGCUCCGCGCAUUCUACAACGGAAUCGAUAUCUUCGUGAACCCCACGCUCCGGCCACAGGGGCUCGAUCUUACGCUAAUGGAGGCCAUGAUGAGCGGAAAACCGGUAAUGGCGUCGAGGUUUCCUAGCAUCAAAGGUACAAUCGUGGUUGAAGAUGAGUUUGGGUUCAUGUUUUCUCCGAAUGUGGAGUCGUUGGUUGAGGCGCUGGAAACGGCGGUGGCUGAAGGUCCGGCGAGGCUAGCGAGGAGAGGAAAGGCGUGCAAGGAAUAUGCAGCUUCCAUGUUCACUGCGACUAAAAUGGCUUUGGCUUAUGAGAGAUUGUUUAUUUGUAUCAAGAAUGAGACAUUUUGUAACUAUCCUUAGAUAAUUCUUUCUUUAUAUUCUUUUCAUUUUCCUUUGAUUUCAAUGAUGGAUCGGAAUUGCAUAAUCAGUAACAAUUUAGGGGUCAAACUUAAGAUUUUUUUUCUUGUAAUUAUUAGUAAAAUUGAGUUUGGUGAUGUGUGUCA